CUCGAAGCGGAUCCGACGAGGGAGGGGCCGGAGCUCGCGGGUUACGUUGGCGCGGAAAAGCCGAUUAAGCGCUUAUCAGUCGAGUUGUGCGGUUCUGCCCUCGUCCGCUCGAGCGCGAUGGAUUCCUCGUCGGCGUCUCCGGGCUCGAGGAGCUCCGCGGGCGGGCGCUGCGCUUCCCACGGCGGGACGACUUUUACGCACGCCUCGGAGGUUCUGAGCCUCUGAGCUCGCCCCAAACCCGGCGGCGGCGGCGGCGGCGGCAGGGGAAAGUUCGCCCGCGGGUAUGGCCGAGCGUUGAACCCCCCCCCCCCCCGCACACACAAAAAAAAAAAAGAAGAAGAAGAAGAAGAAGAGAAAGGCGAAUCUGAGGCGCUUGCACGAUGCAGAAGAGCGUCCGUUACAACGAGGGCCACGCGCUCUUCCUGUCGGCGGUGGCGCGUAAAGAGGGCACCAAGCGCGGCUACCUGAGCAAGAAGACGGCCGAGAACAGCCGUUGGCACGACAAGUUCUUCGCCCUCUACCAGAAUGUCCUCUUCUACUUCGACAGCGAGCAGAGCGCCCGCCCCGCCGGGAUUUACCUGUUGGAAGGGUGCACCUGCGAGCGCGCCUCCGCGCCCAAAAUGUCCGCCGCCGGGAAGGAAGCGCUGGACAAGCAGCACUACUUCCUCGUGGUGUUCGGCCACGACGGACAGAAGCCGCUGGAGCUGAGGACGGAGGAGGAGGUGGAGUGCGACCGAUGGGUGGAGGCCAUUCAGCAGGCCAGCUAUUCCGACAUCAUCAUCGAGCGGGAGGUGCUGAUGCAGAAGUACAUCCACCUGGUGCAGAUAGUGGAGACGGAGAAGGUGGCGGCCAAUCAGCUGCGCACGCAACUGGAGGACCAGGACACCGAGAUCGAGAGACUGAAAGCCGAGAUCAUCGCGCUUAACAAAACCAAGGAGCGCAUGAGGCCUUACCACGUCAACCACGAGACGGAAGAUCCGGACAUCAAGAAGAUCAAGAAGGUGCAGAGUUUCAUGCGGGGCUGGCUGUGUCGCCGGAAGUGGAAGAUCAUCGUGCAGGACUACAUCUGCUCUCCACACGCCGAGAGCAUGCGAAAGAGGAACCAGAUUGUCUUCAACAUGGUGGAAGCGGAGACAGAGUACGUCCACCAGCUGUACAUCCUGGUCAACUGCUUCCUCAGACCUCUGAGGAUGGCCGCCAGUUCCAAGAAGCCCCCCAUCAGCCACGACGACGUCAGCAGCGUAUUCCUGAACAGUGAGACCAUCAUGUUCCUGCACGAGAUUUUCCACCAAGGUUUGAAGGCCAGGAUCGCCAACUGGCCCACUCUGGUGCUGGCCGACCUCUUUGACAUCCUGCUGCCCAUGCUGAACAUCUACCAGGAGUUUGUCAGGAACCACCAGUACAGCCUGCAGGUUCUGGCCAACUGUAAGCAGAACAGGGACUUUGACAAGCUGCUCAAACAGUACGAGUCCAACGCCGCCUGCGAGGGGAGGAUGCUGGAGACCUUCCUCACGUACCCCAUGUUCCAGAUUCCUCGCUACAUCAUCACCCUGCAUGAGCUGCUGGCCCACACGCCUCACGAGCACGUUGAGCGCAAGAGCCUGGAGUUUGCAAAGUCCAAACUGGAGGAACUGUCCAGAGUCAUGCACGACGAAGUGAGCGACACUGAGAACAUUCGGAAGAAUCUGGCCAUCGAGCGCAUGAUCGUGGAGGGUUGCGACAUCCUGCUGGACACCAGCCAAACCUUCGUCAGGCAGGGCUCGCUUAUCCAGCUGCCAUCGGUCGAGCGAGGCAAGCUCAGCAAGGUGCGUCUUGGCUCGCUCUCCCUGAGGAAGGAAGGGGAGAGGCAGUGCUUCCUGUUCACAAAACACUUCUUGGUGUGCACGCGCAGCUCCGGCGGGAAACUUCACCUCCUCAAGCAAGGCGGCGUCUUGUCCCUCAUCGACUGCACCCUGAUCGAAGAGCCGGACGCCGGAGAUGAAGAGGCUAAAGCCGGAGGUCAGGUGUUCGGUCAGCUGGACUUCAAGCUGGUGGUAGAGCCGAGCGACUCGUCUUCCUUCACCGUGGUGUUGCUGGCGCCCUCGAGGCAGGAGAAGGCCGCGUGGACCAGCGAUAUUAGCCAGUGCAUAGAUAACAUCCGCUGCAAUGGCCUGAUGACCAGCGUCUUUGAGGAGAGCUCCAAAGUUACCGUGCCUCACAUGAUCAAAUCCGAUGCGCGUCUCCAUAAAGAUGAUGUUGACAUUUGCUUCAGCAAGACCCUCAACUCCUGCAAGGUCCCGCAGAUCCGCUACGCCAGCGUGGAGCGCCUGCUGGAGAGGCUGACCGACCUGCGCUUCCUCUCCAUCGACUUCCUCAACACCUUCCUGCACACGUACCGGAUCUUCACCGCGGCCGGCGUGGUCAUGGACAAACUGGCCGACAUCUACAAGAAGCCGUUCUCGUCCAUUCCCGUCAGGUCCUUGGAGCUGUUCUUCGCCACCAACCCGAACAACCGAGGCGGCGAGCACGCCAACGAGAAAUCUCCUCGCCUCUGCCGCAAGUUCUCCUCUCCCCCUCCUCUCUCCAUCUCCUCGCGCACGUCCUCGCCCGUGCACGCCCGGAAGCUCUCCCUACACUCGCCCGUCAGCGGCAGGGCGGGCGGCCUGGACCUCGGCGGUCCUCCCCCCGGCGUGAACCACGUCGCGCCCCAGUCGGCCGCCGGCAGCCCCACGUCGGCCCAGGCCCCGCAGACCCCGACGCCGACCGGCUCCUCGCCCCCCCCCUCCUCCCUCUCCCCCUCCUCCUCCUCUCCUCCUCCUCCCUCCACCCUUCCUCCGCAAGACCAAGUGCCUCCGAUCCCCUCGUCUCCCGACCAGAGUCCGAGCCAGAGCACGGAAGGCGACGACGUGCCCAAGUUUGACCCUUUUUGUGGUAAACUGAGAAGGAGCAUACGCAGAGCUGUGUUGGAGUCGGUGUCGCUGGAGAAAAUCAUUCCCGAGUCUCCUCAAGGCAGCGACGCGGGAGAGAUGUCGCCGUGUCGCUCGCCGUCCACGCCGCGACACCUCCGCUUCAGGCCGCCGGGAGUCCAGUCGGGCGAGAACUCCCGCUGCGCAGUUUCUCCUGCCUCAGCUUUUGCCAUCGCCACGGCAGCAGCGGGGCACAGCACACCGCCAGUGUUCAACAACUCUGAGAGAACUUGCGAUAAAGAGUUCAUCAUCCGGCGUGCCGCGACCAACAGAGUUCUAAAUGUUCUGCGGCACUGGGUCUCCAAGCACUCGCAGGACUUUGAAAUGAACGGGGAAUUGAAGAUGUCAGUCAUCUGCCUCCUGGAGGAAGUCCUCCGGGACCCGGACCUUCUGCCUCAGGAGAGGAAAGCCACUGCCAACAUACUUAGUGGGCUUUCGCAAGACGAGCAGGAUGACGCCCAGCUGAGGAUAGAAGACAUCUUACAGAUGGCAGACUGCCCCAAGGCGGAGUGUUUCGAGUCCCUGCCUGCGAUGGAGCUGGCCGAGCAGAUCACGCUGCUGGACCACAUCGUCUUCAGGAGCAUCCCUUACGAAGAGUUCCUGGGGCAAGGCUGGAUGAAGUUUGACAAGACAGAGCGGACUCCAUACAUCAUGAAAACAAGUCAGCACUUCAACGAUAUGAGUAACCUGGUGGCCUCGCAGAUCAUGACCCACACAGACGUGGGCUCCAGGGCCAGCUCCAUCGAGAAGUGGGUGGCCGUGGCCGACAUCUGCCGCUGCCUCAACAACUACAACGGCGUCCUGGAGAUCACGUCGGCGCUCAAUCGCAGCGCCAUCUACCGCCUGAAAAAGACCUGGGCGAAAAUCAGCAAGCAGACGAGAGCGCUGAUGGACAAACUGCAGAAAACGGUGUCCUCGGAGGGAAGGUUUAAAAAUCUGAGGGAGACUUUGAAAAACUGCAACCCCCCGUGCGUGCCCUACUUGGGAAUGUACCUGACGGACUUGGCCUUCAUCGAGGAGGGAACGCCCAACUUCACCGAGGAGGGACUUGUCAACUUCUCCAAGAUGAGGAUGAUUUCACACAUCAUCCGAGAGAUCCGACAGUUCCAGCAGACCCCGUACAGGAUAGAACAUCAAGUUAAGGUGACCCAGUACCUCCUGGAUAAGACUUUGAUCAUGGACGAAGACACUCUCUAUGACCUCUCGCUGAAGAUUGAGCCCAGGCUUCCCGCUUGAUGGAUAGCGGCCUUUGGGCAAAGCAGAAGCCCGCCAAACUUGGACCCCCUCGGCGAGGUCCACGCUACCAUGUGAUCUCAAGCAAUGGAAUGAAGAAGAAGAAGAAGUCCAGGAAAGGUUUUAGGACUGCAAAUGGAAUGCUGGGAACACUUUGAUCGGAGCGGCUGGACCGACGGUCCUCAGGGGCGGCGUGAGAGAAAUCGGGUCGAAGGUUUUGAGGAAAUGGCGGGCCGUGCCGCCGCCUGCGCUCGCCGUUCCUCAGCGUGGUGCCGCCCGGUGGAAGGAGUGGAUCUGUAGAAUGUAGCAUGUAGAGAGGGCGCGACAGACAGCGAGAUACCUGAGCUCACAUCUCCGUGUUGUCGUCCGUGUUGUGUUGCGCCUCGUCCUUGUGCAAGAGCCCCCCCCCCCAAAAAAAAAAAAAAAAACAAAAAAAACAAACAAACAAACUCACAAUGCUUUCUUUCUCUUGACUUUGCAUGAUUUCAGCUUGGGGUGUAAAUGUCUAUAUGGCCUCAUCUCUGACGUAGCACUAGUCGUCCUCAGUGGGUCGGCUACGGCGUACAUGCCUUUUCACCUUCAAAUAUCAUUUGGAACAGGAUGGGCCACAUCGUAGUUAUGCUAGUGGUACGGUUCGAUGUACUGUGCUUUCACAAUUCGAAAAAAAAAACACACAAAUAAAUGUUAAUUUGGCACGCUCCCGAGAAGUGUUGUGAACCAACCUGGUGGAUUUGAAUAGUCAACAUCAAAAUUGUCGAGUAUGCAAAAUGGUGAAAAAUCAAUUGGCUGUCUUUGAAUUUUUGAAAACAUGCCACGCUGAAAAAUGUACUCUGGUUUAUCUAGCAAUGUUCUUGUCUGCACGCAACUACGCUUGAGGCGCAAAAAAUACAUCCCAGCGGGUCGACGUGGGGCUGUCCACGCUGCGACGAGAGGCGCUAGUCACCAGCUAGCUUGCGAGAUUACAGGCUUUCAGGACUCUUUGAGACUCACCCGCUGCAUCACAUCUUCGCUUGGACGGCGAGCUGUCCUGAAAAUUGUGGCUUCAAGGGAAGGUGCAAUUUUUGGGUGGAUGCAAAGCUAGCUCGCUAACUGCGAGCCGUCAUGACAGAAAUGGGCCCAAUAUCCUCGCAACUUGCGAACGUGCCGGAAAACCACUGUUUUAAGCCAAGUCACAAAAAAUGCUUUUAUACAGCUCCCCCAAGUAUGUCAAUUGGGACCGUUUUUAGCCACACCCAAAAAAAAUUGAAAAAAAAAACAAAACAAAAAACCUACAGUAGCUGCAAAAUUCAGAACUACAUAGUACAGUCUCUGUACGUUUUCGACAAAUAUCUCCAAAUAUGUUCAAUAAAAUGUUUAGAAUCAAAUCUAAAAAUAUUUGAGUUUCCCGCUUUUAAAUGAAUUAGCUAGCUACCAUGCUAAUCUAUUAUUUUUGAAAAGGAAAAAAAGUGGCCUUCUUAUUCAUCACUCACGUUAAUCCACAAGCGAAAAGCAAAAGUCUCUCUCUCGUGUUGUAAUGAGCUCUGCCGUCCUGAAGCUUGCGCAGUUGUGCGUUUCGAAUACGUGACGGGCUGACAAAUAGUGACGUGCGAAAGGCCGGGCCCGGUAGACGUAGCUUCGCCCGCGUGAUGCUCCGACGCCAUCAACAUCCUCAAUCAUUACGCUGUGAAUGUUAAUUUGACUCUCGCGUCGCCAUCCCUCCUCCGUGCGGCGGGGUCAGGCUCUUGUGUGGCAAGAAAUCUGUUUGUUUUAAAGACAAAAAAUGAAAAAAAAAAAAAAAAGUUGUUUGAAUGUUCAAAAAUGUAGCAUUUGAAUAAUCAAAGUUUGUUUUCUGUAUUGCUCACGAUGAACCUAGUUGUCUUGCAUGUACACAACAACUGCAUGUUGUGCAUGUCUGUGAGUGCCCCCCCCCCCCUUCCGCUUUUCCAGAAUAUUAUGGUCUGCGUGUUUAGUUGUCAAGAUGCACACGUUUACGUCCGUGUACCGCUCCAGGUCCCCAACUAGCCUGUUCCGCUUUUUGCACUGCACUUUGCCAUUUGGAGUGGCGGUCGUACGUGCUGGCUGAGGGCCAACGGAAAAUGUGUUUGUAACGUAAGUCCGAGUUUCAAACCUUUUGCGUGUUUGUCUCUACUGUAUCAGUCUGCAUUUUUCACUGGCCGGCGCAGGGGAAAAUAAAUCGACAUGCCUUACGUGAUGGACUUUUUCAAACGUUCAAUGAUUUCCUGCAGACUCCGCCAACUUUGAGCUUCCAUGAGAAGUACUUCUUUGCUGUCAUGUCACCUUUAGGGCAGUUUUCUCAUAGCAGAUAUGUAAACGCAGCUACAUUAAAAAGCUUCAACACCCUUCCC